UCCACUCUCAGCUCUCCCAGUUCGGGGGUUCCCGCUGCGAACCGCCCCCCCCCCUCCGGGCUUGGGGGGCAGGUGGUGGUCCUCCCCAUCUCCACGUCCUCCCCACCAUGGUGGCAUUCGGAUGCCCUUCGUGUCCCCCCCAGUGGGGACCCCCCCAACCCCCCCGGGCGUGAAGAGACACCCAACAACCACCCCCCCCCCCGGACCAUGAGGCCCCACGGGGACCUCGCCCGUGGUGGCAUCUCCCAUGGCUUCAGCUGCAAUGGUUUCAUCUCCUCUGGUGGCAUCUCCCAUGGCUUCAUCUCCAAUGGCUUCAUGUCCCAUGGUGGCAUCUUCUCCCAUGGUGGCAUCUCCUACACCUUCAUCUCCCAUCAUGGCAUCUCUGAUGGGGACAACUCCCAUGGUGGCAUCUCCAAUGGCUUCAUCUCCAAUGGCUUCAUCUCCUCUGGUGACAUCUCCCAUUGUGGCAUCUCCCAUGGGGACAACUCCCGUGAUGGCAUCUCCGAUGGCUUCAUCUCCAAUAGCUUCAUCUCUCCUGGUGACAUCUCCCAUGGGGACAUCUCCCAUGGUGGCAUCUCCAAUGGCUUCAUCUCCUGUGGUGACGUCUCCCUCCAUGACAACUCAUGUGGUGACAUCUCCUAUUGUGACAUCUCCCCUGGUGGUGGCAUCUCCGAUGGUCACGUCGUCUCUGGUGGCAUCUCCUCCCAUGGUGACACCUCCCAGGACGGUGACAUCUCCCCUGGUGGUGGCAUCUCCUCCAGCGAUGACAUCUCCUAUGGUGGUGGCAUCUCCCAUGACCUCAUCUCCCACCAUGGCGGCACCUCCCAAGGUGGUGGCACCUCCCAUGAUAGUGACUCCCAUGGUGGUGGCAUCUCCCACGGUGACAUCGCCCAUGAUGGCACCUUCCAUGGUGACAUCGCCCAUGAUGAUGUCCCAUUCCAUCAUGACCCCUCCCAAGGUGGUGACACCUUCCAUAGUGGCAUCUCUCAAGGUGGUGGCACCUCUUUAGAUGGUGGCACCUUCCACGAUGGCACCUUCCACGGUGGCACCUCUGAAGGUGGUGAUGCCCCCCAUGACAGUGUCCCUCUCCACGAUGACCCCUCCCAAGAUGGUGACACCUUCCAUGGGGACGUCCCUCAAGGUGGUGGCACCUCCCGAGGUCAUGACGUCCGCCAUGACGGUGUCGCCUUCCACGAUGACCCCUCCCAAGGCGGUGGCACCUCUGAAGGUGGCGACGUCCCCCACGAUGGUGCCCCCUUCCAUGAUGGUGCCCCCCGAGGUGGUGUCCCCUUCCCCUCUGUCCCCUCCCGCCCCCUCCGUCCCCUGCGUGGUGCCAUCUCCGCCACCUUCCUCCUCCGCUUGUCCCACCACCCGCGGUGGCCUCCUCACCUCCUCGUUCUCCUCCUCGUCCUCCUCCACCCUUGUCCCACCCUGGAGGCCACCUUCAAGGUGGGCGUUUUGGGCCCUUGGACCUGCGAUCCCAUCUUGGCUUGGGCUCUCCCGGAGGUGGCCUCAAGGUUGGCCGUCGCCCGCCUCAACCGUGACCCGACCUUCAACCAAGGUUACUGGUGGGACGCCGUGGUCUUGACCGAAGCUUGUCAGAGCCCUCAAGCGGUGACGGGACUCCUCAACGUUGACCGUUACGCCACCGCUUUGGUGGGACCUCUCAACCCAGCGACUUGUAGAGCCGCCGGACUUCUGGCGGUGGUUUGGAACAAACCGUUGACCUCUUGGAGCUGUUUGGGUGAUGGAGAAGCGUUGGAGACGUUGGUCAAUCCGAUGCCGGAAGCCGUUGGGGUCCUUCACGCCGUUCUUCGGUAUUUCCGAUGGGCUCACGUGGCCGUGGUGGCUGCCCCGCAGGACCUCUGGAGGGAGGUGGGACAGGGUUUGGCCCAAGAGCUGAGGGCCAAGGGGUUGCCCGUCACCGUGGUCACCACCGCCGGAGCAGACGAGGAUCAGGCCCACGAAGCUCUGAAGAGGGUACAGAGGGCCGAUGGCGUCCGAGUGGUGGUGAUGUGUAUGCACUCGGUUCUUCUGGGCGGUGAGGAGCAACGGGUCCUCCUGGAGAAGGCCGAGGACUUGGGUAUGACCGACGGCACCUACGUCUUCAUCCCCUACGACGCCCUCACCUUCCCGUUGCCGUACCGCCGGCGGCCAUACCCCAUCCUGGGCAACAACACCAAACUACGCUUGGCCUACGACGCCGUCCUCACCAUCACCAUCGACUCGCCCGAGGUGGCCUUCCACGAGGCCUUGGACCAGGCCAAGGAAGCCUAUGAGAUCCCCAACCACAUUGACCCCAUGCAGGUCCACCCUCUCUUUGCCACCAUCUACAACUCCAUCUUCUUCUUGGCCAAAGCGGUGGAGAGCACCCGGCAGAGCGGCCGAUGGGUGAUGGGCACCACCGUGGCCGAGAACGUCCGUGAUUUCCACCUGGAUGGUUUCUGCCAGAGCUUCUCGGUCAACGAAGAUGGAGAUGUCAACGUCCCUUACGUGGUCUUGGACACCGAUGGGAAGGGCAACCACUUGUGGCCGGUUUAUGGCCUCGAACCGGGGACACGAGGUCUCGGCUACCGAGGUCACAGCGUCCAUUGGCCCCACAGCUCCAGCCCGGCCACCGACGCCGGUUGUUGGUUUGACUCAGGCUCCAUCUGCAACGGAGGGGUGGACGCCACCUUCGUCCUCUUGAUCUUCCUCCUCAUCUCCGCGCUGGUGGCCGCCGGCGCCGCUCUGGCCUGUUUCAUCCGGCGGCGUCUCCAGGAGGCUCAGAUGAUGAAGGGUCCCAACAAGAUCAUCCUCACCAUGGAGGACCUCACCUUCAUCAACACCCAGAGCAGCAAAAAGGUGGACGGCAGCCGGACCAGCUUGGCCGGUCGCAGCGGUGGUGACACCAAGAGCGUGACAGCAGGUCCCGACAACACCAACGUGGCCAUCGUCGAGGGCGCCGAUAACGCCAAGGGCGAUGGGCAGCUGCCCCUCCUGCUCCUCUUGUUUAACCAGCAGGGCCUUGUCGCCUCCGUGCAGGGGGACUGGGUCUGGUUGAAGAAGUUCCCAGGAGAUCAGCACAGUGAGGUGAAACCGGCCACCAAGUUGGCCUUCUGCAAGCUCCGGGACCUUCGUCACGAGAAUGUCAACCUCUUCCUGGGCUUCUUCCACGACUGCGGGAUCUUCGCGGUGGUGUCGGAGCACGGAGCCCGCGGCAGUCUGGAGGACCUCCUGCGCAACCAGGACAUGAAGCUUGACUGGAUGUUCAAGUCCUCCCUCCUCAUCGACCUCAUCAAGGGCGUUCGGUACCUCCACCACCGCGGUGUUGUCCACGGGCGCCUCAAGUCCCGCAACUGCGUGGUGGACGGACGCUUUGUGCUGAAGGUCACCGACCACGGCUACAACGAACUCCUGGAGGCCCAACGGCUGCCGGCGCCACCACCACAGCCCCACGAGCGCCUCUGGACGGCUCCGGAGCUGCUGCGCGACGCGGGGUUGGAGCGACGCGGCUCCCAACGCGGAGACGUCUUCGGCAUUGGGAUCAUCAUGCAGGAGGUCGUGUGCCGCAGCGCCCCCUACUGCAUGCUCGGCCUCCCGCCCCACGAGAUCAUCGAGAAGGUGGCGCGCCCCCCCCCGCUGUGCCGCCCGGCGGUGUCGGCGGAUCAGGCGCCGCUCGAGUGUAUCCAUCUCAUGAAGCAGUGUUGGGCUGAACAGCCCGAGAAGCGCCCCACCAUCGACCAAGUGUUCGAUCAGUUCAAGGGCAUCAACAAAGGCCGGAAGACCAACAUCAUCGACUCGAUGCUGCGGAUGUUGGAGCAAUAUUCCAGUAAUUUGGAGGACCUCAUCCGUGAGAGAACUGAAGAGUUGGAGAUCGAGAAGCAGAAAACCGACCGCCUCCUCACCCAGAUGCUGCCGCCGUCGGUGGCCAAGGCCUUGAAGAUGGGGACACCGGUGGAGCCCGAGUACUUCGAGGAGGUCACCCUCUACUUCAGCGACAUCGUGGGCUUCACCACCAUCUCGGCCAUGAGUGAACCCAUCGAGGUGGUCGAUCUCCUCAACGACCUCUACACUCUCUUCGAUGCCAUCAUCGGCUCCCACGACGUCUACAAGGUGGAGACCAUCGGGGACGCCUACAUGGUGGCCUCGGGGCUGCCCAAACGCAACGGGAACCGUCACGCCGGAGAGAUCGCCAAUAUGUCCCUCGACAUCCUCAGCUCCGUCGGCACCUUCAAGAUGCGCCACAUGCCCGAAGUGCCCGUCCGCAUCCGCAUCGGCCUCCACUCCGGGCCCUGCGUGGCAGGAGUUGUGGGGCUGACGAUGCCGCGUUAUUGCCUCUUCGGGGACACAGUGAACACGGCCUCCAGGAUGGAAUCCACGGGGCUGCCAUACCGGAUCCACGUCAACGCGCGCACGGUGGCCAUUUUGCUGGCGCUGCAGGAGGGCUUCAAGCUCGACAUCAGGGGCAAAACCGAGCUCAAGGGCAAAGGCGUGGAGGACACGUACUGGUUGGUGGGACGCGAGGGCUUCACCAAACCCAUCCCCACCCCCCCCGACCUCCUGCCGGGGGCGAGCAACCACGGGAUAAGCCUGGAUGAGAUCCCGCUGGAGCGGAGGAAGAAAUUGGAAAAGGCGCGGCCGGGGAUGGUCCUCAAGUAGCCUCAGGUCACUGAGUCCCCCCGCCUCUCUGUGCCUCCAUGCUGCCUUUCUCUAUGGUCAGAGUCCUCCAGACCACAGAGAACUGCUCCCAUGCCCCUCCUCUAUGGUCACAGAACCCUCCAAGCCCCUCUGUGCCACCACGCCGCCCCUCUCUAUGGUCACCGAGUCCUCCAAGACCAUAGAGAGGGGUCUCCUGUCUCUAUGGUCACCGACA